GGCGGCGGCUCGAGCUGAGGCCGAGAGCAGCGGAGAAUCCCGGGGUGUGGGGCCGAGGCGAGGCCGCUGUUGCCCGGGGGUGGGCGUGGGGGCGAUGGCGCUGCUGGUCCGGGCCCUCGCUGGGGCCUGUGCGGCGGCGCUCGCGGUGCUGCUGAUCCGCUUCUGGCUGAGCAGCAAACACUACGUGAUGAGCGGCACCGAGGUGGCCGGACUGGCGAAACAGUAUGCAGGUCUGGAUCACGAGCAGGCGUUCACAAAGGUGGUGGUGGAGCUGAGAAAGAAGUACCCCGGCCACAUUCUCCCUGACGAGGACCUGCAGUGGAUCUUUGUCAACGCUGGGGGGUGGAUGGGCUCCAUGUGCCUCCUACACGCGUCCUUGACUGAAUACGUGCUGCUCUUCGGGACCGCGGUGGAUACCGGGGGGCAUUCAG